CGUCCUGAGAAGCACGCCUAGAAAUUCAGAAAUUUAUAGAGCUACUGCUGAAAAAAGCACCAUUAAUCCGUGAAAAGAAAAAGCAAGGAGGGAGCAAACUUCCUUCCAGUCAGUGGAAAGAAUAUGUCAAAUUCAUAUUGGAAAGAUAUCUUCAGCCAGGGCUGGACAGUUUUAACAACUCAAUUCCCUGUUCUGAUUUGCACAGUGAACUCUUUGACGGUACAGAGAAAUCCUUCUUCCCUCCCCCUUCUCAUUUCCUUUGAAACUUGCCUGGGGCAUUUGAAACUUGUGGGAUUUUUCUCCCCCUUCUCUCCAUCAGUAGCAGGUUUAUGUGAUAAUGUUCUUUUUGACCAUUUCAUUCCAUGAAGCCUUUUUUUUUAUUUUUCCUGUUUUCCCUGUUCUGAAUUGGAAAUAGGCUUUUUCACUGCAGAUUCAGAUCACUAACAGUCUUAUGCCUUAACAUAUAUGACACUUUGCAACUUAGUGACAAUUUAACAGUACUCAAAUAGUACAGUGAGAAGUUGUCUUUAGGGUAGUUUAAAAAGAAAGAUUUCCGUGAUUUUCAGUGUGACUUACAGAAGAUAAUAAAUUAUCCUUAUUUUGGAACAACAUGGAACAAAGCCACAGCUUGUGAAUUCUGGAAAAUAGCAUGGGCCAACACAGAUGAUUGUAUUCGUGGUAUCUGCUUGCAAUUAUAUGGAAGGCGGAGCUAAGCUGAUUGAGAUGACACAAUUAACUUAACGAACUCCCUCCAGAACUUCACAGUAAACUGAACUCUUGGUCUGAGAUGAUCCUUCUUGGCAUCCCAUGCAGCCGAUAAUUGCUGUUCUGAGGCCGGUUUCAGCUACUCAUCUCCUCCAACCUCCUCACUCUGCAGUCCAGCCUCUCCUCCAAGACUCCAAUAGGGGAAGGAGGGGAGACCCCUCCUUAUGCUCAUCUUCCUCUCUCUGCCACCAUAUGGUUGGCCCCAACAAGGCCUGAGUAAUGAGAUCAUUCUCUCUCCCUGCUGUGGGCAACUAUCAAUAUUUAUCCAGGAUCAACAGAUAUCCUUCAAAUGCCAACAUUGGUCCUUCAAUGAAGCUUUCAGUACUGCUAAAUGACCUUGCAACAUUGUCCUGUUGUCACAUGUUGUAUGCAUGUUACAUUUAGUCAAAAACUGUUGUAUCAAUGUGUAUAACUUCUGAACUGAGUUCUAAAAAGGUUGCAGAAAAUUUCACUCUGUUACAGGAAUGUGGGUAUCACCAGCUGCUUAGCAGAUGAUGGUUCGUCGUGGGAUAAUAGGGCUGUCUCGAAUAGUAGUUGUACUUGUGUUCCUCUGCUGUGCAGCAUCUAUGUUCUACAUGUUUACCUGCACUCCAAAAGGUAACCUUCAGCAAACUGCAUUCCUCAGAGUUAUCAGCCCAAUAGGAAAAAAAGAAUCUCAGGCAAUUCUACAAAAAGGAGAAGAAUAUUAUUGGGACCAUAUCAACAGCCUGAAAAGACAAAUUGCUGAGCUGAAAGAUAAGCUUCAGGAAAAGAGUAAACCACUAAAGAACAUGCAAGGUCAAGAUACUGACAUACUGGGGGUUAGACUAGACCUAGGAAACUCUGAGAAGUCCCAAAAAACCCUACUGCAGUUCCUCCAUUCCCAGAUUGACAAAGCAGAAAUACAUACUGGCAUCAAGCUGCCAACUGAAUAUGCUGCACUGCCCUUUGAGAGCUUCACCCAACAAAAAGUUUAUCAGCUGGAGAUGGGACUUUUACGUCAUCCUGAGGAGAAGCCUGUGCGCAAGGACAAGAGGGAUGAAUUGGCAGAAGCUAUUGAGUCAGGCCUGGAAAUUUUAAAUAGGCCAAAGAGUAACAGCAGCAUAAAUCAUCGAAUAUACUCUAUCUCUGAUUUCAUAGAAGGCAUUCGCCGGACUGAAAGAGAUAAAGGCACCCUAUAUGAGUUGAUAUUCAAAGGAGACAAAGAAUAUGAAUUCAAGCGCAUUGUUCUGUUCAGACCAUUUGGCCCCAUCAUGAAUGUUGCAAAUGAAAACCUCAAUAUGGCCCACACUCUUAUUAACAUCAUUGUGCCACUGACAAAAAGGGUCAGCACGUUUCAGCAAUUUAUGCAGAAUUUCAGGGAGGUGGCUAUGCAGCAAGAUGGAAGGAUUCACCUGACCGUAGUGUAUUUUGGAAGUGAACAAAUGAGCAAAGUCAAAGGAAUCCUAGAAAACAUAUCCAAAUCAGCCAAUUUCAAAAAUUACACAUUUAUUCAGCUGGAUGAAGUGUUCUCCAGGGGGAAAGGUCUGGACGUGGGUGCAAGAUUUUGGAAAGGAACCAAUGUUGUACUUUUUUUCUGUGAUGUGGAUAUAUAUUUCACAGCAGACUUCCUGAACGCAUGUAGAUUAAACACACAACCAGGAAAGAAAGUAUUCUAUCCUGUUCUUUUCAGCCAGUACAACCCAAGUCUAAUAUAUGGACGUCAUGAUUCCAUUCCACCCUUAAAACAACAGCUGGUAAUAAAAAAAGAGACAGGAUUUUGGAGAGACUUUGGGUUUGGAAUGACUUGUCAAUUUCGUUCUGAUUACAUCAAUAUUGGAGGGUUUGACCUUGACAUUAAAGGAUGGGGAGGAGAAGAUGUACAACUAUACCGUAAAUACCUUCACAGCAACCUCAUGGUUAUCAGGACACCAGUCCGGGGACUUUUCCACCUCUGGCAUGAAAAGCAUUGCUUAGAUGAGCUGACACCAGAACAAUACAAGAUGUGCAUCCAGUCUAAAGCUAUGAAUGAAGCUUCUCAUGACCAGCUAGGCCUGCUGGUCUUCCAACGGGAGAUUGAAACUCAUUACCGUAAACAAAAAGCAAAUAAUAGAAAUAUGUGAAGGUCUUUCACAAAGCAAAAAAUAAACUUGGAUUAUAGUUUAAUAACAGCUUCUAGGGAGAGAGGAAAUUUUUGGGCUUAGAUGGAUCUUCAUAAUCUUUUAGGUUUCAACUGGGAGCACAGGCCUUCUUUUGGUUUCUCUUACUUUUUUAUCUCCAGCCCUGUGGGUUCCUAAUUGCCAGAAAAUAUUUGGAACUGUAUAGAGAGAUGAAGGGAGGAGGAUGUAUGCACUUUGUUCAAAUGUAACAUUUCGUCAGUAACACUAUUUAUAUUUGGUUUCCCAACUUUAAUUGAUAUAUGAGUAGAUUGUACAGAGUGUUGCAUUUUAACUGUUGUCAUGAAUGUGAAUGUCUGUGGAGACUAACACCAAGAAAGCUGUUCAAAUGAGACCAGGGGUGGGCUUCAAAACUUUGGCAACCAGUUCUCUGCCUGGUUGCUGGGUGGGCUUAGCCUAGUCGGCCUCCUGCACCAUGGCAGGGGGGUGUUUUCACCCUCCCUGGG